CUUCUGAUCCUCUGCCUAAUUGCGCGAAUGAGAAGCUUAGAAUUCAACUACACCGAUUUCGUCGCAGAAAAUUCAACCGAUUUCAUCUUCGCCGACGGCACCAGCAUCGCCGGCGGUGCUCUCCAGAUCACGCCUAACUCCGGCAAUCAAUCGCACCAGUCCAGCAGAGUCAUGUACAGCACCAGCUUUAAGCUCCAUCGAGGCAACGGAUCUGCUCUCACUUCGAUCAAUUCCACCUUCGUCUUCAACAUCCAGCCUCUGACUCACCCCGGCGGCGAAGGCUUCACUUUCCUGCUCACCAACAACCCGGCGCUCCCCGCCGGAGACAGCAGCGGCCAGUGGCUCGGCGCCUUCAGCAGCCAAACCAACGGAAGCUCCUUGAACCGCACCAUUGCCGUCGAAUUCGACACGAGGAGGAGCUACGCCGGCGACCUCGACGACAACCACGUGGGGCUCGACGUCAACGGCAUCCCGUCGGCGGGGCAGCUCUCGUUCGGGACCGUCGGGAUUAACAUUUCCCAAGGGAUCGACGUGGAAGUCAUCAUUCUGUUCGACGCCGAGGAAGGAUUGGUCCAACUCUUGGCCGCCAUGAUCAACGGCUCCUCUGUGAUUUCCAACGUCUUUGGGUUUUCAUGGGUUCUCGAUCUGUCGCAGCACCUCGAUGAGGACGUGUGGGUCGGCUUCUCCAGCUCGACGAGCAAUCUGUCGCAGUUGAACCAGAUCAAAUCUUGGUACUUCAGCGCCGUCGACGUUGAGUUCGCCGGAGCAAAGAAGAAGAAGGGAAGGAAAGCGAUCUGGCUGCUUGUUUUAGUUGCUCCGUUCUGCGCCGCUGCUGCUUGCUUGUUUUUUACACUUUGGAAGAUGGGGAACAGAGGAGCUUUGCGAUACGAUAGAAAUAUCGUGAGGCGAGAUAUCGAAUUAGUCCUCGAGGCUAGCAACGAUCGGCCGGUUAAGUUUCAGCUGUCGGAGCUCAAGAUUGCCACCGGAAACUUCGAUCCAAAUAGGCAGCUCGGAAGAGGAGGAUUCGGAACCGUUUACAGAGGAUAUCUGAAAGAGUACGACGUGGAAGUAGCGGUGAAGAGAAUACAGAAGAAUUCGCGGGGAGGAGAGCGAGAGUUCGUCGCGGAGGUGACGACGAUCAGCCAGCUCUCUCACCGGAACCUGGUGAAGCUCAUCGGGUGGUGUCACGACGCCGGCGAGCUCCUCCUCGUGUAUGAGUACCUGCGGAGAAGAAGCUUGGAUAAGUACCUGUUUGGUGAGGAUUCGGAAUGCUCUGUUCUGGAUUGGGAAAGGAGGUACAGGAUCGUCGCCGGCGUGGCCGCCGCGUUGGACUACCUCCACCACGGAAGCGUGAGGCGGGUAGUCCACCGGGACGUGAAGGCUAGCAACGUGAUGCUGGACGAGGAGUUCGACGCCCGACUGGGAGACUUUGGGCUGGCGCGGGCGGUGGAGCGCGGCGGCGGGAAGUCACACUACUCGACGGCGGGGGUGGCCGGCACCAGAGGGUACAUGGCGCCGGAGUGCUACUUCACCGGCCGCGCCGCGCCGGAGACGGACGUGUACGCGUUCGGUGUGUUCGCCAUGGAGGUCGCCUGCGGCCGGCGGCCGGGGAGUCACGUCGUCGUCGUCGAAGACGACGACGACGGCUUCUCGCCGGAGUCGGCGUAUCUGGUGGACUGGGUGUGGGAUUUGCACGGCAGGGGGAGGAUUCUGGAGGCGGCGGAUCGGAGAUUAGGAGGCCAGUACGAUGAGGCGGAGAUGGAGAGGGUGUUGCUUCUGGCGCUGGCGUGCUGCCACCCGAACCAUCGGAAGAGGCCGUCGAUGAGGGUGGCGCUGCAGGUGCUGUCCGGAGACACUGCCCCUCCGAAUCCAGCGAUGGAGAAGCCGGCGUUCGUGUGGCCGGCGACGGUGCCGAGGGAGGAGGUGGAGAUGCCGCUGGUGGGGCUGCUGUUCGUCGGAAGCGGUGGGGGCCACGUCACACAGAGCACCAUGACCGGAAGAUGAGGACGGUCCACCUGCCCAUUUUUACAAUCCGAAUUUAAUUAUAAAAUUAUAAUUAUUAUUACUCAAUUAAAGUUAAAAAAAAUUUGAAUACAAUUAAAGUGAAAAAGUGAAUAAGUGAAUACAGAGCAGCAAUUGUUUCCCUUUGGAUUACCAAACAAGUCUCUUGUCCGAUCAGUGUAGUUUUUUCUAAGGAAGAAGCCAACAGAUUUUGUCUAUAGGCUAUGCAAUG